AUGGCGACCUGCUCGGACGUGACGACGUGUCUGUCCGAGGGAUCGACCGAGUGCAGCCUCUCGUCGGAAACGUGUCCGCCGUGCGUGUACGCGCUAACGGGCGGCGACUACUCUUGCUACAGCCGUGAUACGUCUGGAGACUGCCCGUUCUCGGGAACCUACGCGGAGUGCGAUAAGUCCUCGUCCUCUUCGUCCACGAAGAAGUCGACGUCGACUUCCAGCAAGGACAGCAGCAGCAGCGAUACGACGCCGACGCCUACUACUAAGACGCCGGCGAAGACGACGGCCACCCCGUCGACAUCAACCGCCGAGAUUGACACCCCGGCGCCUGAGACUGACGCUCCGGAAACUUCGGCCCCCGAGACUCCCAGCCAGACCAACGCGGACGACACGACGCAGGGUGCCAAUACGACCCCUUCCACUCCAACGAGUUCUACCGACUCGGACGUGACGCAGGCGUCCAAGGCGACGGCUAACGACAAUUCCGACACCGGCGCGGAGAAGGCGUUGACCAGCAGCACCUCGACCACAACCGGUUCGCCGGCGGUUGUCAACUUGGCACUCAUCGGAGGAGCCGUGGUGCUAGUGGUGAUCGUCAUCGCUUUCGUUGCUCGUCGAGUGGUGCGGAAGAAGAAGAUGGCCCACACGCAGGAGCGCACGGUCUCGUCGCAGAACAGCACGUGGUCCGACAGAACGCUGGGCACGGCCACUUCGGGCGGCAACCUCUACUCGACGUACAGCUACAAGGACGAAGGCGGCAAGGGCAACGGCAUCUCGAUGAUGUCCGACUCGCAGGCCAGCAGCACGUACGGCCCUGCGUACCCCGGGGCAAUGCACCACAGCGGUUCAUCGCCCAGAAAUACGGCCGACUUCACGUACGGCGGCGAGUCGAACUACAGCGAGUCCAACUACAGUGAAUCGCAGUACUCGGAGGCGGCGUCGCAGUAUUAUGGGGCCAGCACGGGCCCCGAGCUCUUGCCAGCGGCCGCGGUUGCUGGACACUACGGCGACAACAACGUGCCUCCGUCCGCACGGGGCACCAGCAACUUCGUCAACGUGACAGGCACUGCUGGAACAUCCAUGAGGGGCUCAGAGCUGGACUCGGUCCGCUCAGGACAGCACCCUCUGACCGUGAGCCAGCUCAUGCCCACGUCCAUCGGAGAAGACGAAGAGGAGGCCUACGCGAAUCGAAGACCUGCUCCGAGGGCGUACAACGUGCAGGCCGCAGUGCCCCCUAGCACCAGAACCCCGCAGAUCUACGCCGACUCCGGCGUGUCGGUCACUAGCAGCAUGCGGAGCGACUACGACAUUGUGGACCCCAUCACAAUGCACGAUGUCGAAGCGCGCAACACCGAGAUGCUGGCCGAGAAGGGCCAGUACCCCAAGUUCUCGUUCGAGUCGGAGGUGUCCGAGGUGUCGGACAUGUAUGAUUCGGGCGACGAAAGCAGCGACGACGAGCGGGUGCGACACGGUGAGCACACGAUUUGA